GGCUGAGCUAGUAGCAGCUUCCUUUUACAAUUUGCGGAGGCAGUGGAUGAACAAGUGAAAGAAAGAACUAAAAAGUAUGCACCAUGAGAAGAUGAAAAUAGCCAGAAAGAAAAAUUGAGUCUACUUUGUUUUGCUGGGAUCAUUUUUUUUGAGAUCACAUGCAAAGCUCUUGAGAUCGAGCUCUUGGGUGAAAAACAGGAUGCCAAGUUAUCAACCUUGGUACCAUGGCAAUAUAACUCGAUCCAAAGCUGAGGAUCUACUUUCCAAAGCAGCAAGAGAUGGAAGCUUCCUCAUCCGGGACAGUGAAUCCAUACAGGGAGCCUAUGCCCUCUGUGUUUUAUAUCAGAACUGUGUGUACACAUACAGAAUCCUGCCAAAUGAAGACAAGAAGCUCUCUGUCCAGGCAUCUGAAGGAGUGCCUAUUAGGUUCUUCACAAUGCUACCUGAGCUGGUGGAGGCGUAUUAUAGCCCCAACAUGGGUUUAGUCACCCACCUGCAGUACUCUGUCCAGAGGGAGGAGGAGGUAGAAGAGGAGCCAGAACAAAACAGUCAUCCUCCACAGCUCCCACCCAGAAACAUCCCACUUGAUGUAAAGGACGGUGACUCCAAGACUUCAGAGCAAGCCUCCAAAUCCUUAUCAGACAUAUACCUGGCGAAACUGCAGCAUAUGGACUUGUCCAUCUUACCAGAAGAGCAUGAAAUGGCCAUCCAAGAAUACUUCAGGACUUCUGUCUGCUUAGAUGCUGAACAAGUUCAAAACGGUAACCCUAACCUGCCUGGCCUCAAGAAGCUUAUAAUGGCAGUCUGCAAGAACCUAAACAGUGAAAUUUCCCGCGUCAUGCCAACUCUGGAGGUGUUUCACAGAACGCUCGACCAACAGCUCUCUCCAGGGAUUGGACCAAAACAAAAUUUCUGUGAUUCGGGUCCUGUGUCCUGUAGACUUGAGCAACUAACAAAACUGCUCUACUCGAUAGAAGAUAAGGUUAAAGGUUCUGUUUUUGAGUAUGUUGGAUUUGAUGCGGGCCCACGGAAAUCUCUCAUACCAAUCGUUACGUUUGAGGUCAAACAAGAAUCUCUUGGUAUUUCCACAAAGAUGUUCCUGAAAGUGGACAUUGAAAGUGGGAAGCUCUACUUUAAGAAGUCAAAAGAUGGACCCGAAGACAAAUACUUUGUGCACAAUAAAAUCCUGCAGUUGGUGAAAUCCCAGAAAAUGCACGCCAAGCUGGUCAUUGCGGUGGAGACGGAGAAAGAAAAAGUUCUGCGGAAAGAGUUUGUGUUUGAUGACACAAAGAAAAGAGAGGGCUUCUGUCAGCUGCUUCAGCAAAUGAAAAACAAACACUCAGAAAAGCCUGAACCAGACAUGAUCACAGUGUUUGUUGGCACCUGGAACAUGGGAAAUGCCGGCCCUCCCCCGAACAUCAACUCCUGGUUUCAGUGUAAGGGCCAAGGGAAGACACAAGAUGACACAGCAGAUCAUAUUCCACAUGAUUUUUAUGUCAUUGGGACUCAGGAGGAUCCUUUGGGUGAGCGAGAAUGGGCAGAUACAGUGAAAGGUGUCCUGAGGAACAUCACAAACAUUAGCUUUAAACAAGUGGCAAUUCACACACUGUGGAAUAUUCGUAUCGUGGUCCUGGCCAAGCCUGAGCAUGAAAACAGGAUCUCCCAUGUUUUUUCAGACAGCGUGAAGACAGGGAUCGCCAACACCUUGGGAAACAAGGGAGCAGUGGGAGUGUCCUUCAUGUUCAAUGGGACAUCUUUUGGCUUUGUCAACAGUCAUCUGACCUCUGGAAGUGAGAAGAAGCUCAGACGGAAUCAAAACUAUGCCAGCAUCCUGAGAUUUCUGAAUCUAGGAGACAAGAAGCUUAAUCCGUUUGACAUCACACAUCGCUUCACGCACCUCUUCUGGCUUGGAGAUCUGAACUACCGCGUUGAAAUGCCAUCUUCUGAAGCUGAAAACAUUGUGUCAAAGAUCAAACAGCAGCAGUACCAGGAACUGCUCACCAAAGACCAGCUCAGCAUGGAGAGGAAAGAGAGCAAGGUCUUCUUGCAUUUUGCUGAAGAAGAAAUCACAUUCGCGCCCACGUAUCGAUUUGAAAGAGACACACGAGAGAGGUACGCCUACACAAAGGCCAAAGCGACAGGGACAAAAUACAAUUUGCCAUCCUGGUGUGAUCGCGUCCUACGAAAGUCAUAUCCUCUGGUUCAUGUUGUCUGCCAAGCAUACGGGUGCACUAAUAACAUCAUGACAAGUGACCACUCCCCGGUGUUCGCCUCAUUUGAAGUUGGAGUUGCCUCGCAGUACGUUUCCAAACAAGAUCCCAGCAGUGCGCCUCCUGGUGGAAUUCAGAUCAUGAACUGUGUGGCCAUCUUGUCGACAAAAUCGAAGACCAAGUUCUUCAUCGAAUUCCAUUCCAGUUUCUUGGAGAAAACUGUAAAGACUACAGAGGGAGAGAACAGCGAGCACUCCGAUGGGUCUAUAAAAGUUUGGUUUGGCAACCAAGUAGAGCUGACCCCUAUCAUCUCUGACCCUGAGUACCUUCUGGACCAGCACAUCCUGAUAUGCGUGAAGUCGACGGACAGCGACGAGUCGUACGGAGAGGGCUGUGUCGCGCUGCGAGCCGCUGAGAUCAGCUACACCGAGUUUCAGAUCACACUGACUCACCACGGGGAGAAGACGGGAACACUGACAGGUGGCAUCCAGCUACGCACCUCUGAGGGCAAGCCCACCGAGAAGCUAUACGAUUUCAUCAAAAUUGAAAGGGAUGACCCCAUCGCCUCAAAAGGCAAAUCUGGAGACCUCAAUAAGUCUUGUAGCAACCAACCACAUGAUAUUUCUAACCCCAAUUACAUGGGAGUGUCAUUCAGAGGUGGGAAUGUGAUAGAUAAAGGCUGGAGUUACAGCAUGCCACCGCGAAAUGUUCCCUGUGGUGGACAAGCCGGAAAAGAGCCAAAGAAGGGUUACGAUGUGAGCACACGCAGCCCCACGGGAAAGCCUGCUUCUGUGGGUGAGAACGGAAAGACGUCAGAGAUGUUUGACAACCCGUUGUAUGGUUCAGUGACCAAAUCACAUGGUCGGUCUAAAGACCAAGACCAACAACAGAAGGACCUUCUCAUACCCCCAGAUGUGCUAUUUGGAUCCUCCAAAACAGCAGAUGGAGAUACCGAUCGCCCUCCGGUGCCCACCCCACGCAACCGCUCCUUCACCUGCUCUGAGAACAAACCUCAGCCUCCAACACCAGUCAGCCUGCAUCCCCCAUCACAAAAGAAACCAGUGGUGCCCUCACGCUCAGAAGGCGGGAUGGGCCUAAACCGCCCUCCUUUGCCUGCUAAGUCCCGACCGGGUGUGCCAGAGCCCCAGACCCCCAAACCAAGAGACUACAGAGACACCUCAGAGCUCACCAGCAAACACAGACCACCAGGAAGACCUGACGUUUCCAAGACGGGUCGCCCUGUGAAGUGAGACUGAGAGGUACAGCUUCCUGGCUGCAUUUCUGGAAAUAUUUUUAAAAAACCCUUGUCUCUCAUUUUAGAGGACAAUCACAUAUCUGUGCUGUCAUCAUAGAGAAGUCAGUAGGCUUAGCUUUGCACCUGUCCAAAGGUCUAAAAAAUUCAUCUGCCUGUCAUCCUCAAAAACUCACUUUGUAAGUUAGACUGAGCCGGGCUAGCAGUUCCCCUUUAUUUCCAGUCUUUAUGCUAAGCUAAGCUAACUAGCUUGUAGUUAGCUUAGUUAUCUACUUAUCUGAGUGCUAGUGAGACAUUAAAUGGGUGUACCAGUGUCUAACUCAGCCUUCAAAUGUAUGUAAACUCAUUUUUUAGUUUCUUGGAUUUCUGCAAAGCUCGCAUUGGAACGUAAGUUUGAACCUGAAACCUGCUUCUAAAUUAACUGUUACAUUUCAUUUGGAGUUUUUACACUAUACAGUAGCUGAUGAAUGUUUACCGCACAGUAUUAUCUUGCACAGACAUGUUUGCCUUUAAUAUGUGCAAAUGAUGCUCCAAUGAAUUCCAAUAUUAAAGCUUGAAUUACA